AUGCUGAAUUCAUUUUGGUGGGGAGGUGGUCAUCACAACAAAGGUAUUAGGUGGAUGUCAUGGGAGAGGAUGACUAGCUUGAAAAGUGAAGGAGGUAUGGGAUUCAGGGACUUUAAAGCGUUUAAUUUGGCCAUGAUUGCAAAGCAAGGGUGGAACUUUUUGUCGAAACCUAAUUCUCUUGUGGCUAAAAUCUUCAGAGCAAGGUACUUUCCUCGUUCCUCUUUUCUUGAUUCUAAGAAUGGUAAUAAUCCAAGCUUUGUGUGGAGGAGUUUGUGGAAGGCGAAGGAUGUGUUAAAGUUGGGGAGUAGGUGA